UAUUUUUUUUGGCUCGCCUUUUAAAGUCUCGCGAUAGGCUACCCGCUUCCCAUAACUCCGUGCGCUCGCCCCUCCUGUCCUCUUUCCGCCAUCUUUCUUUGCCGCCAUAAUGGUGCGCAUGAAUGUCCUGGCAGAUGCUCUCAAGAGCAUCAACAAUGCUGAAAAGAGAGGCAAACGCCAGGUUCUUAUUAGGCCGUGCUCCAAAGUCAUCGUCCGGUUUCUCACUGUGAUGAUGAAGCACGGUUACAUUGGCGAAUUUGAAAUCAUUGAUGAUCACAGAGCGGGGAAGAUUGUUGUGAACCUCACAGGCAGGUUGAACAAGUGUGGAGUGAUCAGCCCCAGAUUUGAUGUACAACUGAAAGAUCUAGAAAAAUGGCAGAAUAACUUGCUCCCGUCCCGCCAGUUUGGUUUCAUUGUACUGACAACUUCAGCUGGCAUCAUGGACCAUGAAGAAGCAAGACGAAAACACACAGGAGGGAAAAUCCUGGGAUUCUUUUUCUAGGGAUGUAAUACAUACGUGCAAAUAAAAUGCCUCAAUGGAC